CAGCGUUCUAGAUUGCCUGUUCAUCACAAAUUCCUUGUGUCUCCUCCAGAAUCCAGAAGAGAGUAAUUAAGAUAUUUUCAAAAUGGAAAGUUUCCAUAUCAAGGAAUUUCCUUUUCUUCCCUGAGAUUUCCUGAUGUCCUUAAAGCCUGCGGUACACACGAGCAACACAAGCCUGGUAACUUCCAAUUUGAUAGCUCCUUCUUACUUUUACUUCAGUAUACACUUAAAAGUGGACUUACAAUUCCAGAAAAGCUAUAGUAAUGAGGACUGAACCCAGAGCCUUGUGUAUGCUAGGAUCAAGAACCAGGAGGGGCAUACAGGGUGUGCUAACGAAAGAAUGGAUUGAGUUGAAUCCCUGCAGAAUGUGGACUAUUUAGAGACACUGAGUUUGGGUUUCCCUAAUUAGCAGUGAACAACAAUGGGACCAAAGAAAUACGCCAAGUUUCAAAAUGGCAGAACCUCAGAAAACAGCCCACUUAAACUUGAGAAAGGAAUAGUUACCAACGAUGACGAGAUUUUUGAUGCAGUUGGCCAAUCAAAAUUUGUCCUAGAGAACCUUCAAUACUACACAACCCAUCCAGAUUUGGCCCAGUACUAUGAGCCUUUGAAGCCCACUACACUGCAGAAAUUCCUGGAUCAAAACAGGAAAAUCACUAGCUUCAUGUUAAAAGUAACUGAAUAUGAUCAGGAUAUGACCUUACUGAUUAUGACCAACAACACACCUCCCUGUUCAAUUUGCCAGCAGGAAAAGGACAGUGCUCUGAAAUACUUUUCUAAGGACUUAUUGUUCAAGGAAAGUCAUCAGCACAAAGCCACCAAGAACUUUUGCCCACCCCUGAUGCUUCAGAAAAAAAUGUUGAGAUCGGGGCUGAAACCAAUCUUCUCUGUGAAAAAGUUUGAUGAUCCUACAUCCAAGGAAAACCAAUGGUUUAGGUUUUCAACGGACAAUGACUUUAAGACGGAAGGGCAGUAUUUGAAAACCUAUGCUUUGAGGAAACAGAAAAAAAUGUAUCCAAAGCUUAACUUUGCUCCAGUCUGUGAAAGAGAUAAGAUGAAAGAUGCUUCCAACAGCUCAGUGAAUGAGACGCCCACUUCCCAGGUGCUUCGGGAGCCACUCACACUUUCAUCGCUUCAGAAAGAGAAGCCCAGCCGAAGCACGCCGGGGGAAAACUUCCGCAACGGAAGGGCCCAGCAGUGGAUUAUCAAAAAUGCCACGCUCAUUAAGUGAAAACAACAGGGCUCUCGCCUGGCUCUACAGGGACUGAGGAGCUAGCAGAAGUAGCCAACCAAAUAAAAUCACCUUGCAGCACACAGAAAGCGUGGGCUGAGGCGCGAGCA